AUGUCAUUAUUCAUUACUAUGAAUAAUAACGAAACCACUUUUAGCCAACAUAAUAAUAAUAAUAAUAAUAAUAACAAUACUGAGAUAUCAAAUGUUGUUGAUUUAGAUGUUGAAUCUCAACAACAAAACUCAUCGUCAGAUUAUUUAAAUAACGAUAAUUCAAUAUAUAUACCUGUUCAAAAUUUAAAGAGAAAAUAUACAACUAAUAAUACAGAUCAACAACAACAAAAUAAUAAUAAUCAUUUUAUUGGUAGAAAUACUACUAACAACAACAGCAGCAGUAAUAGUAGUAGUAAUACAAAUCGAUAUUCAUCAUCAAGAUAUACAAAUAGCAAUAACAGUAGAUCAUAUAAACAAAGGAAUCAAUCUCCUUUUAAAAAGAAACAACAACAGCAACAUUCAUCACAAGACAUAAACCUGUUUCAUUCACAACACUUUACAGUUCCAGAAUACACAAUGUCCAACAACAACGAUAAUAAUAAUAGCAACAUUAACAAUGAUGAAAAUGACAAUGACAAUGAAACUGUUUCUAACUUAAAUAACGAAAAUGAUAGUCAAAGUUAUAAUUCUACAAAUUUAUAUUAUACACCUAAAUCUAAACAAUCUUUUAUUGAUAUAUAUAAAAACAGUAAAGAUUCAAUUGAUUUGAGAGAGAGCAUCAAUAAUCUGAUAGAGAAUACUCAGAGUAAUUUGAAUCUUAAUAGUGAAGUGCCAACUUCUUCUUUGGUGUAUGAAAACGAAGAGAAUAUCAAUAACAAUCGAUCAUCAUAUCAACCAUACCGAUCUUUAGGUAGUCAACAACAACAACAACAACAACCAAGGUUAUCUUCAUCAUACAAUUUUAGUAGAUCAACACCUCCAACCACAAGAUAUCAAGAUAAUAAUAGUAAUAAUGAUAACUUCAUUUAUAGCUCUCCAAAUAGAUCUACUUCUACUACAUUAAUAACAUCACCAACAAAGACACCUUUGAAAUCAACAUUACAAAAUCAACUUCAGAAUGCUGAAGAUAAUAACAAUCAUCAAGAUACUCCAUUGAGUAUUGAUGAUUUAUAUACUUCUACAACAACAACUACUACUUCAACAUCACCAUCAUCCAAAUUAAAAUCAAUCAGCUAUUAUGAUAGUAAAUCAACUUCACUUAUGUCAAGUUUCAGACCAAAAUCAAUUGAAAUCAUUGAUAGUACUGAUAAUGAGAGAUUCUAUGAUAAGGUUAACAAAUCAAAGCAAGUGUCAAGAGAUGAAGACAUCACUUCGUUGCUCGAGAAGCUGCAGUCGAUCUCGCAGACACACAGUUGGAGUUUUAUUAAGCAGUUGGAGAAGAGAAUCGAAGAGCAAAAGAAACAGAAACCUGUGCUGAAACCACUGACUGCCGCCGAGGAGAAGACCAUUCAGGGUGUAUUGACCGAACGUAACGACAAUCUAUUGGCAGAGUUCAACUCGAUUACCAUCUACCGACGUGAUAUUAUCAAGUUGAAGCCAGGCGGUUGGUUGAACGACGAAAUCAUUAAUUUCUACAUGGAGCUGCUAAAGAAGCGACAGGAGGACAACAAGAACCGAUAUCUAAAUUGUCACUUCUUCAGUAGUUUCUUCUACCAAUUCCUCUGUAACAACAACAAUACCUACUCGUAUCAGCGUGUGAAGAAAUGGACAAAGGAUUUCGAUAUUUUCGCAAAACAAAAGGUUUGCAUUCCCGUUCAUUUGGGUGCUCAUUGGUGUUUGGCAGUUAUCAAUUUUGUCGACAAACGAUUCGAAUAUUAUGAUUCUCUACUCGGUGAUAAUUCUCAAUGUUUAACUAAACUAAGAAGAUACCUUGAAGAUGAAAUGAAUGAUAAAUCAAAAAAAGGCGUUAUCAAUCUAUCGGAGUUUACAGAUUAUACACCCAAAGACAUACCAGUACAACAGAAUGGAUAUGAUUGUGGUGUGUUCACCUGUAAGUUUGCAGAUUACACAGCAAGAGGUCUUCCACUCGACUUUACACAAAAAGAUAUUACACUAUCAAGAAAGAUAAUGAUUUUAGAAUGUAUAAAUAAAGACAUGUUAUCUUAA